UGUGUCUAGGUACAUAAUAUUCGCAGAGACGGGUCCUUAAUUACUCUCAAGUCUAUAUAAUCCCCACAAGAACAAAAUUUCAUUUCCAAUUGAAUUGGGAACAAGCAUUUCUCUCAAUCCCUUCCUCGUCACUCUCACGGGAUCUCCAUUGAAGCAUCCCAUAGCCUGAGAGAGAACCUUCAAUGGCUUCCAUGGCUGCCGUUCUCAGCAAAACCUCUUUCCUUUCUCAGCCACUCGCCAAAUCUCUCAAUUCCGAUUUCCCCAUCGCCGCCGCAACCGCUUCCGUUUCCUUCCCGUCGAAAUCGCGAAGCCGUCGCGGAGGAAUCCGGGCUGGGCUAAUCGCGCCUGACGGCGGGAAGCUUGUGGAGCUUGUCGUGGAUGAGCCACGGCGGCGGGAGAAGAAACACGAGGCGGCGGAGCUGCCGCGUGUAGAGCUCACAGCGAUUGACCUGCAAUGGAUGCACGUCUUGAGCGAAGGCUGGGCAAGUCCACUCGGAGGUUUCAUGAGAGAAUCCGAGUUCCUCCAAACUCUUCAUUUUAACUCGCUGCGUCUUGACGACGGCUCCGUCGUCAACAUGUCGGUGCCUAUCGUCCUCGCUAUAGACGACGAGCAAAAGGCCCGAAUCGGCGAGUCUAAACGCGUCGCACUUGUUGAUUCCGACGGUAAUCCCGUCGCUAUCCUCAGCGACAUUGAGAUCUACAAGCAUCCCAAGGAAGAACGUAUAGCCAGAACUUGGGGCACGACUGCUCCAGGUUUGCCUUACGUAGAAGAGGCGAUAACCAACGCCGGAAACUGGCUAAUCGGUGGUGAUCUAGAGGUUCUUGAGCCAGUCAAGUACAACGACGGGCUUGACCGGUUCAGGCUUUCCCCUGCUGAGCUACGCAAAGAGCUAGAGAAGCGUAACGCGGAUGCUGUCUUUGCUUUCCAGCUUAGGAACCCGGUUCACAACGGUCACGCGCUUCUUAUGACUGAUACUCGCAGGAGACUUCUUGAGAUGGGAUACAAAAACCCUAUCCUAUUGCUUCAUCCGUUAGGAGGGUACACAAAGGCUGAUGAUGUUCCUCUAAGUUGGAGGAUGAAGCAGCACGAGAAGGUGCUAGAGGACGGUGUUCUUGAUCCAGAGACAACAGUGGUUUCGAUCUUCCCUUCUCCUAUGCAUUACGCUGGUCCAACCGAAGUGCAGUGGCACGCGAAGGCUAGAAUCAAUGCUGGUGCUAACUUCUACAUUGUGGGUCGUGAUCCAGCCGGGAUGGGUCAUCCAGUAGAGAAACGUGAUCUUUACGAUGCUGAUCAUGGGAAGAAGGUACUAAGCAUGGCACCAGGACUCGAACGGCUCAAUAUCCUUCCUUUCAGGGUUGCUGCAUAUGACAAGACGCAAGGCAAGAUGGCUUUCUUCGAUCCAUCGAGGCCUCAAGAUUUCUUGUUCAUCUCCGGCACUAAGAUGCGUUCAUUGGCCAAGAACAAAGAAAACCCUCCAGAUGGAUUCAUGUGUCCAGGUGGAUGGCAAGUUCUGGUUGAUUACUAUGACAGCUUGACUCCGGCUGGUAAUGGGAGACUACCGGAAGUUGUUCCGGCUUAAGACAGUGACGAAGAAACUGUCUCUGCUUCGUUUUCAAAUUGUGCUGUUUGUGACUCUGUUUUGUGGACCUAUGACAUGGCAACAGUCAUUGUUGUAUAGGAGAAGCCUUAUAUAUAUUUAAUAUAUAAUCUGGUCGGACCUUUUUUUUUUUCUUUCAAAAUAAAUACAGAAAGACUGUUUUUCCUUUACGAAAAGUUGUAAUAUUUGAUACGACCCGUCCGAUGAAAAAACUUGUACCAUAUGAAACGAUUGUGUUUGUAUUAUAUAUGAAACUUUGCGAUUAAAUUUCAACAGAAUUUAGUCAGCAUUUGUAAUAAAAUUUGCAAAUGCAUUUAACUAGAAGCUAAUUAACUCAUGC